AUGUCCCUCCAAUUAUCCUUUGACAAGUGUAAGCACCAUACAUAUGGCUUACAGCUAGCCAAUAACAUAAAGUUAGCUUUAGCACUUCAAUUAGCGCCAAAAAGCUUGAAGUUAGGAACGAAUGACGAUAUAUCUGAGCCGCUAUUAACCAAUAAUGCUGGCUUUAAUCUUUUCGAUCCAAAUGCUAUCUUAAGAUAUGUACUUGAUGAUUUUAAAGGUUUGAACAGCGAAGAAAGCUCCUUCAGUCAACGCUCAUUAGAAGUUUUGUUGCAUGAGAAAAGCGUUCAGCCUGAACACACGUCACUGAUUGAAAACUCUAUUGAUGCUUACCUCGGGUCAUUUGAAACUCCAGAUUUGGCAACACGCUUGAUUACAUUUGUAAAUACUUAUGCAUUGAAUUCUGAUCUUGUUUCCAAAAAGGUUUCCGCUAUACCUGAAUAUUUGAUUUCUGCAUUGGCCACUGCCAAAGCUCAAACACCACGCUCAACAGCUGCUAUAAAACGUACUGGUGUUGCCAAAAUUGUUCCUGGUCAUGCAGUUAGACCAAGUGACAAAGAAAUCUUGCCAAAAGAAGGUGAACGCAAUAUUUUGAUUACUUCUGCCUUACCAUAUGUUAACAAUGUUCCUCACUUGGGUAACAUUGUGGGUAGUGUGCUAUCUGCAGAUAUCUAUUCUCGUUAUGCAAAGGCAAGAAACUACAAUACGCUUUAUAUCUGUGGUACAGAUGAAUACGGUACUGCUACAGAGACUAAAGCCUUGGAAAUGGGCGUAUCUCCCCGCGAAUUAUGUGACAAAUACCAUGCAAUUCACAGAGAUGUAUAUGAAUGGUUUCAAAUUGACUUUGACUACUUUGGUAGAACGACCACUGAUGCUCAAACCGAAAUAGCCCAGGAUAUUUUUACCAAGUUAGAUAAGAAUGGCUACUUAGAGGAACAAACUAUGAUGCAAUUGUACUGUCCUGAACAUAAAGGUUAUUUGGCAGAUAGAUAUGUUGAGGGUGAGUGUCCAAAAUGUCACUACGAGGACGCUCGUGGAGACCAAUGUGAUAAGUGUGGUGGUUUAUUGGACCCAUUUGAACUUAUCAAGCCAAGAUGUAAGUUGGACAACGCUACACCGGAGCCACGCACAUCGCAGCACGUCUUUUUGUCAUUAGACAAAUUGGAACCAAAACUUGUCGAAUGGAUCAAUAAGGCCUCUGAAGAAGGAGCUUGGUCGAAGAAUACCAGAACAAUCACAGGAUCGUGGUUAAGAGAAGGGUUAAAACCUCGUUGUAUUACUAGAGACUUAGUAUGGGGUACUCCUGUUCCUCUGGAAAAAUUUAAAAAUAAGGUCAUGUACGUCUGGUUUGAUGCUCCAAUCGGUUACGUUUCGAUUUCUGCGAACUACACCAAAGGAUGGGAAAAAUGGUGGAAGAACCCAGAGAAUGUUUCUUUGUAUCAGUUUAUGGGUAAGGACAAUGUUCCAUUCCAUACUGUCAUUUUCCCAAGUUCUCAAAUAGGUACUGGUGACAACUGGACAAAGCUACACCACUUGAAUACUACCGAAUACUUGCAGUACGAAGGCGGUAAAUUUUCCAAGAGUAGAGGUGUCGGUGUUUUUGGUAACGAUGCAAAGAAAACUGGUGUUUCAUCUAGUGUGUGGAGAUACUAUUUGGCAGCCGUUAGACCAGAGACCAGCGACUCUCAAUUUUCUUGGAAUGACUUUGUCGCUAGAAACAACAGUGAGUUGCUAGCAAACCUUGGUAAUUUCGUUAACAGGUUGAUUAAGUUUGUGAAUGCCAAAUAUAAUGGUGUUGUUCCAGAAUACAAAGUAAAAAAUCUAGCGAACUUUGACAAGUUGAAGGGUGAUCUAGAUAACAUCCUCAAUUCCUACGUCAACGAAAUGGAACAAGUCCACGUAAAACGUGGUCUUGAACUAGCGAUGUCUUUAUCUACUCGUGGUAACCAGUUCCUACAAGAAAACAAAUUGGAUAACACUCUAUUUUCACAAUACCCUGAUAAGUCAGAUGCUGUUGUAGGUGUUGGAUUGAACAUCAUUUACGCUGUAGCGUCAAUUAUCAGUCCAUUCAUGCCUGAAACGUCUACCACUAUCUAUAAGAUGUUGAACGCCCCUCCUAUGGCUAUUAAGGAGGAGUUUAAUUUGGUUAUCUUGGGUGGUCACAAUAUUAACAAGGCUGAAUAUCUAUUCCAGCGAAUCGAUGAAGCCAAGAUUGAAGAAUGGAGAAAAGAGUUCAACGGUAACCAAAGUGAUGCAUAG